AUGGAAAAAGUUUCCAAAACCCGUUAGAAUAAUCCAUUUUUUUGACUUUGAGCACUUUGUUGAAAACUAAGAACUAGGUUGCAUAAAAUUCCCGGUCACAAAGGAAAACGACCUCUUUGCAAAUUAAACUCAAUUUCCUGAACCGAGUUCAACAAGUACUUUUAGCAGCCCUUGAAGAGAAUUAACGGACCAGCUCGAGCCAAACUGAGUGAGCACUUGAGGUGUACGAUCUGUCGCGCAAAAGCCUAACCGUGGCGAAGGGCACGCCCGCCGGCGUGGCAGCUCGAAGUCGUAAAAAGCGCAGUGUCUUAUCACUGUCCCGGAAUGCGUUCAUUGACGCUUGUAGGUAAGCUUUUCCUCUUUUCCUUUAAAAGAAUGUUUAUCCUUUGUCAGGGUCAGGAAGUUUUAAAUCAGGUUUACCCCAAAUUUGCUCGAUGACGGGUUCUUUAGAUUACCGGCUUAUCUGUGUACAACUGACUGAUCGCAUUUGACCUUAUCUUAAGCUUUCUAGUACCGCUACUUUGAUUCAAAGCGUCGGGCUAUCAAAUAUAUAUCGAGAUAAACCAAUCACAAAACCUUCAAAACGCUGAAUUUUUCAAUUUCGGUAACAAUUAAUGAAUAUUUGUCAUUAUUACUGCGAUUGGUUUUGUUUACACAACUUGUUAAACGUUGGCAAAUUGCACGGAUAAGAAAGGAGUUCACAAAUGACUCACAAGUUUCGUGCCUCUGAAUUCUUUUUGAUAAAGUAAGAGGAACAGGAACUUUCAAAAAUCCUCUUCCUUCUCUAGAGAAAAUUAAGAAUUUUGGCAGUUUUACAGAGGAAAAAAAUUUUUUUCGUAUAAAAAAAUAUUAAGAAGACUGGAAAAUCCGCAAAACAGCUAUUUCUCUGCAAAAGGUCGACUACUGAUCUCUAUGUUCAGGAGUAGUCUUUCUGACGACAGUAUGCUCUGCUUUGGACACCGAAGGAACGAGAUUUGUUUUUUUGCUUUCAUCAGAAAUGCUAACCCUAGCAUUGACAACCAAGUUUUAUCAGUUACAGGUAAGAAAAAAAGUUUUUUUCUGUAUCAAUAAUUUUUUUCCAAAUUUUUACUGGAAGCUUAAAACCUGUUUAACUUAGCUUGAAUUCAUUUUUUUAACGCCUUCAAAAUGGAAAAAAAUGACAUCAUCUUAUAUUGUUUGAGCAAAUUUUAUCGGUUAUCAGAUAGUGGUUGCAUAUCUUUUAAUGAUGUCUUCGAGAGUAAUGCGUCGAGGCGCGAAUAGUUUUUUGAAUUGAUUACAACUUCAAUCUGAGUUUAAUUCAAAAACGAUUUCAGUCAUCAAUGGAAACGUCGAUCAAGACUGUGAUUUUACUUUAACUUACCGUGCCGAUUAUCAAAAAACGACCAAGCCUCAGAACUCCACGACAAAAGUGCCAAAACUGUCCUUAGCUGAAGUUGGUUCACAGAAAAACUUGAUGAUCGACUUCCUUCAGGUCUCAGUGCCCAACUGGUACGGCUUCAACUACACUGGAAUAGGAGUUCAAGACGACGUUUUUCUGUCCCUGGAAGCCACUUCCACUUGUCCGGUCACUGUAGUAGGCAACAAUUUCGACAGUGUUACAAAACAAGGAGAUUCUUUCCUAGGUUCAUACUUUGAAAACUUCACUUUUAAAUAUCUCGAUGAUUUUUUUUUAGUUCUCCCAGUGAGUUGGGCGUCUAGUUGGUAUACAUUCUCUUUGCCCCCUGCUCAAGCUGGUUAUGAUUACCAUUACGAACAAGUUUUCGUCCUUCCUAUUUCUGUAAGUUGUGAUCUUUUAGCAAGCUCAAAGAGUUUUUAGGGAACUUCAAGUGUCACGAUCCAAGAAUUUGGGCAGUCAGCUACAGUACACAAGUUUACGGUAAAUCUUUUUUAUAAAAUUUUGAAAAAUGGAAGGUUCAGGUGACUUAUGGUAACUCUCCUGCAGCUUACAUCGCAGAACGGACUCCUCUGAAAACUUCACGUACAUUUCAUAUUACGUCCAGUUCUCCUGUCAUGGUAAGAAGGAUCAUGAUUUUUUGAAAUAUUCCCGAUUCUAGAUAGUCGCUGGUGUUACUUGCGCUGGUUCUUCGCAGGCUUACAACUGCGAUCAUGUCGUUUACAUGCCUCAAGCAACCCCCGCACAAGGUAAGUUCGCUGUUAUUGUAAUUUUCUUUUUUUUUAUACUUAGACUGCCUUUGAAAACUUGGGUUUCGCCCAUGACAUUUUUGAGUCAUGCCAUUGCAAAACGUUUCCAUUUUUGUUUCCCGAAGCCAUCAAAAUUUUCAAUAUUCUUAUUGAUCCUAUUCCUACCGUUCGUGUUAAUAUUCUUCAUUGUUAGAGAAUUUACGACUUUAUCACAGAUUUUCAGACUAGCAAUUCUGAAUUUGAAGUAUCAUAUCGGGGAAAUUUCACCUUUCAAAGUUUUUCUGUUUGGGGGAAUCACCGACUCAACUACAAAAUGAGACUAAUGAUGAUCAGUAAAAAUAAUCAUCGGACUUAUCUCCUCCCUAGAGCUGACUAUUCAGAUGUUACUUUUCAGAUUGCUACGAUUACGAAGUCUACGAUGACGAUCACAUUUCUUUCAUUCCUACAACAGACAGCUUCUUCCUCGACGUUCCUGGAACCUGCACAACCAAACAAAAAGUUCACAUAAUUUUUUAUUCUAUUAUCUGUGUGCCACGACUUGGAAUUUCACCGAACGACAUUCCGCUGUUCCGCUGCGCGCCUUUUCGAUCCUUGGUCACGCUUUUAACUUUUUUUUCUUUAUUAAGUUACUCUACUUUCAUGUGCUUCCACAGCAAUAACAAUCAAUUGAAAGCGUUACCUAGACUCGAAAGACGCUUUGCGAACGUUCGCAGCGGAACAGCGGAGUGUCGUUCGGUGAAAUUUCAACUCGUGGCACACAGACUAUAUCAAUAGUUCAUUUCAGUUGACGGAAACUCUUUCUUUUCCUGACAAUUUGCAAUCAACUUUGUUCGUUAGCCCACAACUUCUUUCGCCAUUGGUUGUUAUCACCCCGACCGAUCCAACUAAACAGAAGACAGUCGCUUUUCACGGAGGGUGAGGAAUGAACUGUUUCUUAAAAGCUUUUUGUUUUCAAAGAAAAAUUUUCAUUUUAGCGGAUCUAAUAUUCACGUGGCUCGUUACCGCGACGGCUCCAAAACCGACACAAAAGGCGCUAUUUUGGCAACCGUCCCGUCGGUCACUCAGUUCCACAAGGAUUAUUCUUCUUUCUACACAAGAAACCCCAACGACACCGUUGAGGUGUGGUUCAGAAAAUCUUCGAAUUAUGCUGAGAAAUUGAGAAAAGGCUAAAUAUGUCACAAUCUUUUUAUAUUUUAUAAUUUCAAAAAAUGCUUCAAGUAAGAUUUGAUACUAUAUUACAGUAAAAAGAGGAAAUGUUCAGAUCUACUGUACAGUCUUAACGUGCGCAUCACUGACGCUCGACAGCGUACCUAUUGCGGCGACUCCGGACAGAACCAUUCAAAGCGUUGAUGGCAUCAACUACUUCGUCUUCAACAUCGCCGUCGCCAAUGCUGGUUUCCACCGUCUCGAUCUCGACCCUUCAAAAAAGGGUACCUAUGGAUUCUUCGUUUACGGGAAGAACGGCGACUAUUCUUAUGGAUACGAAGGCGGAGUGAAUAGUAAGUUAUUUUUAUUCGAAAAGAAAUUCUUAAGCACAAUUUGUUUUCGUUUGUUUUUGAAAAAUCCUACAGCCAUACUUCCCGAAAUGAAAAAAAUGGUUAGAUUGGCAAGGAUGAAGCGUUGCGUGCACGACGCGGCUCAGAGGCAGUAAAAUAAAAACCCAUUUUUUCUGAAGUUUUUGCAUAAAUAUGUUUGGGCUCGGUCAAAAAGCCGCCUCGCGUACGCAACUUCAAUUAAAAUUAUGACCUUAGUCGUUUUUUUUCGAAAAAAAAGCCCUCCUUUCCUAAACCUUUUGAUGCGGCGCUAAUUUGAAAAUUUCCAAAUGAAGAAGCUUUGAUUUGUUCUAGCUGCAUUUCUAAAGUUCUGGAGAGUUUUCCAAAGCAGAUGUAAGGAAUUAAUUUUUUGAGAUUUGCCUACUUUCUUACGAUAAAGCUUCAUCGUCGGAUAAUUUGCACAAAAAAAUCAAAAAAAAAUGAAUUUUCUAGUGGUUUUUUCGAUUAUAAUGAAAGUUCUAUGUUCAUUAAAAAUUUCAAAAGUUUUCGACAUUAAGACUUCAAUUUAAAACUUCAGAACCUUCGGUAGUGUACGCUCCGUCGACGGCAGCCCCUCCUACAACGGCCGCAGGAAGUACUGUUUCCAUGCAAACCAAACAAACGACAAAACCGAUCACGGCGGCAACGACAGCUUCGGGUGCUCCAGCAACUGUCACCACCCAGAAGGCUUCAACUAUCGUCACCACGUCUCCUGUUGGGCCCGUCACUACAAGAGGUUCGAUCACUUCUGCCCCUGUCACCACGGCUGGUCCCAGAACUACUGGAGGUCCUGUCACUACUGCUCCAGUCACUACUGGAGGUCCUGUAACCACGGCCGGCCCUAUCACUACUAAAGGUCCGGUUACUACUGCUCCGGCCACUACUGGAGGUCCUGUCACCACGGGCGGCCCUAUCACUACUAAAGGUCCUGCCACUACUGCUCCGGUCACUACUGGAGGUCCUGUCACUACUAAAGGUCCUGCCACUACUGCUCCGGUCACUACUGGAGGUCCUGUCACUACUAAAGGUCCUGCCACUACUGCUCCGGUCACUACUGGAGGUCCUGUCACUACUAAAGGUCCUGCCACUACUGCUCCGGUCACUACUGGAGGUCCUGCCACUACUGCUCCUGUCACUACUGGAGGACCUGUCACUACGGCUGGUCCAGUUACCACGGCUGCACCUCGAACCACAGCAGCCCCAGCCACAACAGCUUCCAAAAGCCCACUUUCUUCAUCAGCAGCCCCGGUGACGACUCCUCCUCCAACAGCCAAACCUGUGACCUCUGCUUCCACAAAUGUCACCAAUCCAGGGACCAAAGCCAGCAGCACGAUGGGCCCAACUUCCCAGCCAGUACUCAGUACUAUCUCCUUUCAGCCUGGGGACACAACGACUGUGCCUCAUUUGACAACGAAGUCUACGAAAAAGACAACUGUCAAAACCACGACUACGAAGAAACCUCCACCACCACCUACAACUGUCGUGCAAACGACCACCCAAUUUUCAGCAACGUCUUUGUCUGUUUUAACGUUUGCUCUUUCUUUUGCAGCUCUUUUGCUUUAA